AUGCGCUGCUUUAUGUGUAUUGUAUCAAGUGUAAAUAAAUAUUACAUCCGACUGUAGUUGUCGCUAGCCAUCUCUACGUUGGCGGCCUGCUGUUGCGUCAACCGUCUGAAACAGGCGGAAGCAUGUUGCUUCAUAAAAUAAA